GUGAAACACGUGUUUGGCCAACAUCUGUUCCGCGGUUGAGAACACCUCGAAGACGUCACACAGGAGGAAGAACAAAACAAGAUUGCGUCUGACGGAGAAUACGUUGUUUGGGUUAUUAUGGUUUCUUGGUCUUAAUUACAACGUGCAUGUGCACAUGUGUGUCGUUUAACAGAGUAAACGUCGUUAUUAAUUGUCUGUAUGCAGAUACAUUAGUCUGGGUGCACUUUGACGUGCUAGCCGAGCCUGCAGGUUAGCUUAGCUUGUUAGCUGCUAACAAAGAGAGGCGGAAGUGAUCGACACAUCAAAGCAGAGAUCCAAUACGUCUAUGAAGAACAUCGUCACCCUGAGCAACAGAAGUGGAGCUUCAGGAUGUGGACGGAGGAGCCACAGCCCUCCCACAUUAAGAAGGAAGAGGAAUACCCACUGACACCCCAUUUUAAAGAGGAAGCGAUGGAUCCACUGACCUCUCACAUCAAGGACAAAGAAGAGGACCCACUUACCCCUCACAUUAAAGAGGAAGAGGAAGAACACAGCAUCAGUCAGCAGGGAGAGCAUCUUGAAGGACUGGAGGAGGUUGAUGUCACCAAGAUGCCAGUGACUGGUGUCCCUGUGAAGAGUGAAGAUGAUGAGGUCAAAGGUGAAAGUGAGGAGAAGAAAGAGGCGGAGCCUCCAAGCCGCAGCUCAACACAACACAUGACAACAGAAGCUGAUGAAGACCACUGUGGAGGAUCACAAGCAGACGAGCUCUUAGCUCCACUAUCAGAUAGUGAGGACACAACGUCACACUCUCCUGACACUGAUGAUGAAGACUCUAAAGAUGAUAAGACAUGUCACACUGACAACACUCACUUCAAAUGUUCUCAUUGUGACAAAACGUUUAAAUAUCCUAGUGAUUUGAAAAGACACAUGAGAACACACACUGGAGAAAAAACAUUUUCAUGCUCAAUCUGUGGUAAAAGUUUUAUACAAAGUGGUUAUUUGAAAAGACACGUGACAACACACACUGGAGAAAAACCUUUUUCAUGUUCAAUCUGCGGUAAAAAAUUUACUCUUAAGCAUGAUUUGAAAACACACAUGAGAAUGCACACUGGAGAAAAGCCGUUUCCCUGCUCAGAAUGUGGUAAAAGUUAUGUAAAAAAUCAAAGUUUAAAAGCACACAUGAGAACACACACUGGAGAAAAACCUUUUUCAUGUUCAAUAUGUGGGAAAGAUUUUACUCGAAGGGAGCAUUUGGAAAUACACAUGAGAAUACACACUGGAGAAAACCCUUUUUCCUGCACAGAAUGUGGUAAAAGUUUUGUAAGAAAUCUAACUUUAAAAGAACACAUGAGAACACACACUGGAAAUAAAACAUUUUUAUGUUCAAUCUGCGGUAAAGAUUUUACUCAUAGUCAACAUUUGAAAAGACACAUGAGAACACACACUGGAGAAAAACCUUUUUCGUGUUCAAUCUGCGGUAAAGAUUUUACUCAAAAGCACCAUUUCAAAGCACACGAGAAUACACACUGGAGAACAACCUUUUUCAUGUUCAAUCUGUGGUAAAGAUUUUACUCGGAGGGACCAUUUCAAAAAACACAUGAGUACACACACUGGAGAAAAACCUUUUUCCUGCUCAGAAUCUGGUAAAGCUUUUUUACGAAGAAGCACUUUGAAAAGACACAUGAUUACACACACUGGAGAGAAUG